CGAAAUACCCUUCCAACAUUCCUAAAAUUUCCAAGCUCUCCCAAGUACAAAGCCAGUUCCACAGGACAAUUCUGCCUCCUCUCCUCGAAACUGCGGCAGAUAGAGAGAGAUAGAGAGAGAGAGCGCGAUAAAGUUUAACUGUGUUCCUUCAAGAGAUCGUUACCGGACGCUAAAAGGAUUCAAAAGGGAACGAUUUUUGAUUGGGGAAUUUGGGAGAACGGGCAGUUGGGAAUCGGAUUAGGGUUUUUGAGAAUUGAUUGGUUAGGGGGUGCAUAGGGCAGUGCAUGUGGUUUUCGAUGUGGUAUUUGAUAAUAUUGUUUGGUGAUGUGAGUGAAAUUUUAUGUGGUAUAGUCUAGGGUUUGUGGUUGCUGGGUUGGACUUUCCUGACAGUGGUGAGUGUGGUUUUUUCAAUGGGGAGCACGGGUGAGCAUGACCGGAAACGGCGUCACUUUAGCCCCAUCUCGCCCACAGAAACUGCUGCAGCAAAGAAACAGUCUUUUGCGCCAAUCUCAGAGGAAAAGAAGCUUGAUGCUGCUGUUCUUCAAUUCCAAAACCAGAAGCUUGUUCAGAAGUUACAAGCUCAAAAGGUUGAGUAUUCUGCACUGGAGAAUAAGUUAUCUCAAAUAAAGGAAAAACAACAGCCGUACGAAUCCACACUGAAAGUUAUUGAUAAAUCAUGGGAAGCGCUGAUUACUGACUUAGAAACGUCUUCUAUCCACACCAGAGAGUCAAACAGUGGACAAGAUGUUAAACAUGUAUUGAUAACAGAUGAUGGAGCUUCUUCUCCCUUCAAGGAUGCUUUUCUUAGCAGACUCUGUGAAACUGGUGCAACAGAGAGUUCAUCUGCAAAUAUUUGCCCAAAUCGAAUGGAAGAAGAUGAUGGAACUACUUGUGAAAAGAUUAGAAACAUUUUAGGAAAUAUAGUAACUGCCAUCGACAACCUUUGGAAUUGGAGGAAUGGAUUGCAUUCUGCAGUUCUUAAAGAGCUUCCGGUGGAUGGUUCAUGCAAGGAAAAGGCUUCUCGUGCAUUAGAGAUUGAAGUGAAGAGCCUGAGGCCAGUGCUAAGUGACCUUCAUUUGAAGCACAAAUCAUUAGCACGGGAGUUGCAGAGUCAUCGAGACAUGGAUGCGAGGAAUAAAGCAGAGCUUAAGCGUUUAAAAGGGGAAUUGGGGAUCAUGGUUGCGGAAUUGGAAGAUAGUAAUCGGAAGCUUGGAGCUCUUAAAGCGGAGAGAGAUGCCACCAAAGGGGCAUUUUUUCCUGUCUUAAACUCGGGUAGUAAACAUGUUUCUAAUGAUAGAGUUAGAGAUAAGAAGAAAGAUAUGCAUGACAUGGAGUGCGCACUGAAAGAGCUAUCAGACCAAACUGCUUCUCGACUACUGGAGUUGAGGGGGCUUCAUGAAGAAAGGAUAAAGAUAUUGCAGCAUUUGUCAGAUUUGCGGAACAAGUUGAAGAGUGUGAAGUCUCUUUCCUCUUCCCAAGCCUACCUCUUGGUCAAAGGUCAACUAGAAAAGUCAAGAUUUGAAGUUUUGCAGUAUCAGGCAUUAUACGAGAAACUACAGGCUGAAAAGGAUAGUCUUCUGUGGAAGGAAAAAGAAUUGCAUAUAAAAAAUGACUUGGUUGAUGUUUCAAUAAGAUCUUCUGCAGUUGCUGAUUCUAGAAUUUCUGAGUUAGAGGUAGAAAUAGAAAAACAAAUUAGUGAACGGAAUAUGAUUCAAUCGAAGUUUGAGGAGGCAUCAAGAGAACCAGGAAGGAAAGAAAUAAUUGCUGAAUUUAAAACUUUGCUUUCAUCUUUUCCUGAGGAAAUGGGAACAAUGCAAAGUCAACUUAGUAAAUACAAGGAAUCUACUUCUGAUAUACAUUCUUUGCGUGCUGAUGUGAAGUCUCUUUCUGAUGUUGUUGAUAGGAAGGUGAAAGAGUGUGAACAUUUAUCUUUGCGAUCGGCUGAUCAAGUUUCUGAGAUGCGAAAGUUACAAGCUGUGGUCCAAGACUUGAAGGAAAGUGAGCUGGAAUUGAAGCUGAUAUUGGAAAUGUAUAGACGCGAAUCCUCUGAUUCAAGUAACUGCAGGGAUGUCCUGGAUGCGAGGGACUCAGAAUACAUGGCGUGGGCUCAUGUUCAAAGUUUGAAAUCCUCUCUUGAUGAGCAGAACCUGGAGUUACGGGUUAAGACUGCUAAUGAGGCUGAAGCAGUAUCACAGCAAAGGCUAGCUGCUGCUGAAGCUGAAAUUGCAGACUUGAGACAAAAGUUGGAAGGUUCUAAAAGGAAUAUGUCUAAACUUUCGGAUGCCGUGAAAUCAAAAAAUGAAGAAAAUGAAGCCUACUUAUCCGAGAUUGAGACAAUUGGACAGGCCUAUGAUGAUAUGCAGACUCAAAACCAACAACUAUUGCAGCAAAUUACCGAGAGAGAUGACUAUAACAUCAAGCUUGUUGUGCAAGGGGUGCGAGCAAGGCAGCAACAGGAUGCUCUACUUAUGGAUAAACGGAAAUUGAAUAGGGAGAUUCAGCUAGUGCAUGGAUCAGUUGAUUUCUAUCUCAUGAAAACUGCUAGAAUUGAAGAUCAGUUGAGAAUUUGCUCCGACCAGAUUCAGAGACUUGGGGAAGACAGGCUUCAAAAAUCUUCCACUCUGGAAAAUACACAGAAGAGAUUGCUAGAUGUUAGAAUGUCAUCAAAUCAGUUGAGGGAGAAUAUGGAAGAAUCUCAGUCUAAGGUUGAGGGAAGUCGAGCAGCUCUUUUAGAGCUGCGGGUAGAACUAGACAGAGAAAGGUUUGACAAGAGAAGAAUAGAAGAGGAAUUGGAGGUUGCUAGGCGAAAGCUUUCGCGACUUAGAGUACAGAUAGAGGGUUCAUCUACUUUAGAGAAGCUUCGACAGGAACUCAGAGAAUACAAGGAAAUACUCAAGUGUAGCAUCUGUCUUGACAGGCCAAAAGAGGUUGUUAUCACAAAGUGCUAUCACUUGUUCUGCAAUCCAUGCGUACAUAGAAUCAUUGAAAGUCGUCACCGCAAGUGUCCCGCAUGUUCUGCAAGUUUUGGGCCGAAUGAUGUCAAGCCUGUAUAUAUCUGAUGGGAAGGAGGAAGCUUUGUUCUCUCCUGUUAUUUGUGGGAUAUGUCAUUUUUCAGCUCAUGGACUUGCAGCAUAUGGCUGAUGGCGUUUGCAUAAAUAUGCCCACAGGUUCAUCUUGUAGUGUUGUUGCAGAAAAAGAACAAAAACGCUGGUAGCUGGUUCCCUGUCUUAUUUUGUGAAAAUCAGCUUAGAUUUGUUGUAGGUUGUUGAUUGGGCUGAAAUGAUUUAUUAUGACAUUUUACAGUAGCCAUAAAUUUUUGUCAUUUUUACUGCUUGGAGCCUCUGUGAUUUUUCAAUUGAUUUCAGAAUUGAUCAAAUACUAUUGCCAAAGACCCUGAACGUUGCUUGACCCAUGUAAUGAACAAACCUACUGGUGCCAAGCCUCAGAAAUAGCACGCAGACAUGUUAGUGGCUCAAGUUGGCUCCAGUAGUCAUAUGCAUCAUCAUGCAUGCAACUCCAGCCCCCGGAGAAAAGCUGGAGAGAUAACUGUGUAUUCAGUAUUUCAGCUUGUUAAACGUUAGGAACUUGACAAUGUGCAUCUUGUAGUUUUGGGUUUCCUUAGCUGAUGUGCAGUUGUAGGUUGAUGAUGUAACUUCUGUACUGUUAAAUUGUUAUUUAUUUCAUAAUUACGGUUGAUUUUUUUCCUUGAAGAGUCUUGGUUGAGUAGAAUUAUCUGGUUAGCCCACCCUUACAAGCUGUAUUGAGUUCUUAUAUUUAACUUUUUGUGUCUUCUCCAAGGAAAGCAAGAAGUUCCUCUUGAUGAUGUUACAGAGGAGGCCAAGUUGGAGACAUGGUUUUAAAUGUUGCAGGGGGCAAGCUGGAGGCAUGGUUUUUUUGUAUUAGAAUUCUGUAAUUUGUAAGUAACGGUCUUGAGAUUAUUUUUAUUAGAUCUUUCUUUUGCCCUGCCAA